GACGGGGUGCCCGGAGAAGCUCCGCGGGCGGCCGAGGCAGGCAGCGAGACAGCAACAAGCAGCGAUCGCCUGCCCUUCUUUGGCCAUGGGGCUUGGCUGUCCGCCGGUCCCCCGCGCUCCGCUCAGAGACUGGAGGAGCUAAUGACUAUUCCUGGAGAAGAGACUUCAUUGCUUCAAGCUGAAAUAGCUGGCUGCAAACUGUUCUUCAUGGCUUAAAUGGACAUCAAAGCACAUCUCUCAGCUGGACUGUAUAUUCCCAAAUGAUCUGACCCUUCAUGAACUAACUUCCAAGAAAAAAACUCAACACUGUCUUCUCUCUACAAUUUGUUUGCUUUAAUUUAUGGCUUGUUCCCACAGAGAAAACCUAAAAUUUAAUGCUGGUAUUGCUCCCCUCUAAAUCUUCUGGUACAUGGAAGGACAAGGGUCCAUCUUUGUUGAACUCUCAUCAGAAGAUGUUAGCAGAAAGUCACAGAGAAGUGGAAGAGAUUUGGAAGCACUGAAAAGGUGAAAGAAAUUCUCAGCUUUGCCUUUUUCCCAUUUUUUGGAAACAAGGUUUCUCCCCUUACAGAUGGAGGUGGUGGAAAUGGGAUGUUCAGCCUAAGCCCAAGGUGGUAACUGCCAGUUGCCUGCAGCACCCUUUCCUUUUUGCCUUACAUUGGACCCUGUGUUGUACUGGCCAGGUGCGACAGCAGAGCCCGAGCAGGAAAGAUGGUCAUCGUAAGGAGGAGAAAUGUGAAAGUGUUCACCUUCGCCUUCUUGCUCAUUACAGUAACGUCCUUUCUGCUGAACUACACGCACCAGGUGACCAUGUCCACCUGGGAUCUGAGCAGUUUCAUCAGGCAGUUACCAGAGCAAGUCCAAAAACUCCUCAAGUACCCCAGAAGACCGUGUAGCUGUCGCACUUGUAUUUCUGAGUUGGGACAUUCCCUCUGGUUCGAUCAGAGGUUUAAUUCAACUAUGCAACCUUUCUUGACCUCACAAAAUGCCUUCAUCCCAGAAGACAGCUACAGCUGGUGGCUGAAACUGCAAGGAGAGAAAACUCCGAAGAAUAUUAAUACUACUCUCAAGGAAUUGUUUGAGAUUGUUCCUGGAGAUGGAGAUCCACUGCAGGAGAGAGGCACUUACACAUGCAGGCGAUGUGCUGUCGUGGGCAACUCUGGGAAUCUUCGGCAGUCUCAGUACGGCAAAGAUAUCGACUCCCAUGACUUUGUGCUCAGAAUGAACCGUGCCCCCACUGCUGGCUAUGAAUCAGAUGUUGGGAGCAAGACCACUCACCACUUUGUUUACCCCGAGAGCUACAAAGAGCUGGCAGAAAAUGUGAGCAUGAUUCUGAUCCCCUUCAAAACAUUGGACCUGCGCUGGGUUGUCACUGCCCUCACCACAGGCACCAUCAACUUCACAUAUGUUCCAGUUCCACGAAAAAUCAAAGUCAAAAAAGAAAAGAUACUGAUUUAUAAUCCAGCUUUUAUGAAAUAUGUCUAUGAAAACUGGCUCCAGAAUCAUGGGAGAUACCCCUCCACAGGCCUUCUCUCUUUGGUGUUUGCACUGCACGUAUGCGAUGAGGUGAACGUGUAUGGUUUUGGAGCAGACAGCAAAGGACACUGGCACCAUUAUUGGGAAAACAAUGCUUCAGCUGGAGCUUUCCGGAAGACAGGUGUCCAUGAUGGGGACUUUGAGUUCAAUAUAACUUUGACUCUUGCCUCCAUUGAAAAAAUAAAUUUUUUCAAGGGCAGAUGACCCUGGCCACAGGGAGAAGUAGAAGGCUACAGUUUCCAUCAUGCAACAGAACAAAGUUCAGUGAAGACGAUUUGGGCACCAGCCAGGUUUCAGUGCAUUAAUCUGUGGUGGAAUCGAAGCGUUUCACUGCUGCAAUGCUCACCACAGAGAGCUCGGCCAAGGACCAGCUUCCAUGCUGCAUGUGAUUUCCUGUCUACAGAUAGCUGGGAACUAACACUCAGUUGUUGGAAUUAAUGAAUCUCUGCUUAGGCUCUACAGCUUGAUUCUUGAAUUACCCAUGAAAAAUCUGCCUGUUGCAAUUAGGGGAAACCUGGGCACAGGAACCACUGUUUAUGUGUCCAUUCUCCUUGAGUAAGGCAGGAGAUCCUUGAAGAAGAGUGAAAAUUACUUCUGGGACAUGAGACCCACUAGGGCAGCUGUGAACAUCAUAGUAAGGAUUACCUCAAAGAAAUGAAUUCACUUCUGCUGUUGAUCUUCUUUUUGAACUCUCUUCUGUUUCCUCUAUUACUUCUGGUUUCAUGCUGUAUUAAGAAAAAACUUGAUGAAGUUGCCUGGAGCAGUAAACAUUUCAUCCAGUGCCUCACCCUACAUCGCCACUCUUUAGAAAACAUGGAUCAAAUCAUCUCUGGUCAUAGAUUAUUCAAUAUUGUUUCCUAUACAGCCAUAAUGAGAGAGAAAACAACACUGAAAAAACUCCAGCAAAAAAGGAGAAAAGCCCUUCUAGCCAGUUCAUUGUUUGUCUUGUUUGGUUAUAUGCAAUCUUUUUUGUUUUGGUUUUAAUUUAAAGUACUCUGGAAUGCUCAUUUUUAUUUAAUUAGUUGAAGAUUGAAAAGUGGACAUUUUUUUCUUUCAGUCAUUUAUAUGUGCCUUUUCUAAUUGUUCAACAGAGGUGAUUUUUUUUUAAAGAUGAAAAAUACUAAAUUAAACUUUUUUAUAAAAGGGGGGAAAAAAAAUUAACCAAAGUUUAGCUUCUGUGUGGUAUACUUUUGUAGUCAAAACCAAUAAUAGCAGCUCCUAUAUUGUAUUUGAGCAAAGAAGAUUACUUUUUAAAAGUAGAGUUUACCUUUUAUUUUAAUGGGAAAAUCUCCAGAAGUUCUGAGGAAACUUUUCUUCUUAUAUUUUUACAAAUCUAGAAAGUGGUAUCUCAUUACAAGGUUUCUAUUUGAAAUGGAAGAAGUAUCAUGGGUUGGGAUAUCAGCCAGUAUUAAAUCACUAAUCUUUUGCCCUGUAUCAGCACCUACAAGGGUACAGCCUACGCAAGCUUUUCGUCCACUGUAAGGCAGACUUCAAAAUUAUGUUCAUCUCUGGAGGAAUGAGUGUGCCAAUGUCAGUAUUGAUAGGCAAUGUGAGGAGGGAAGUAGCAAUGGCAAUUCUAUAUCUCCAGGUCUUUGCUGACAUCGACACAUUUCAUCCUCAAGGACAGAUAAAGAAAAAAAAUCAGGUAGUGAAAAAUGGAGAAGAAUGUUUUUUUUUUCUUCCCAAUAUCAUGAAAACAGGAUUCAUGGAUUAUUUACCCAUUUUCAGCUCUUGUGAAGGCAAUGGAGUUCCUGUCUCAAACUUCAAGGGAUUUUAGAUCAUGCCUGGGGAAAAGGGCCUAUUUUGGUUUUGAUGCAUUACAGUGCUUGGGGUUUAUGGCCCUUCAGAAAUCACUGUCUAGAUGAUUGGUUUCUCAUACAGCAUUUACAACAGCACAUCCAAGCAGACAAGUAUUUGAACUCAGUGAAAGUCCUUUGAUCAAUGAUGUGCUUCAGUCACAGCUUUAUCUCCUUGUCUUUCCAUGCCAGUAGUUAACAGUGAGCUGCUCUCCAAGGCAGCAGUCCACAGCACAAUGAUCUAGUCACCUGAAAGACCCCUGGUUUGGGCCACAGUACCACUUGCCAGCAUGAACUGCUCUAGCCACAUGUGCUGUUACUGGACUCAACCAUGUACAAAGAGACGAGGAUGUCAAAUGUCUGAGUGGGGAACUGAUUUCCCUUCACUGCACACACAUGACCCUUCAAUUUAACAAGAUGAAAAGGGCAGAAUUUUCAAAACCUCAUGCCUCAGGAGACCUGUUUAUGACCUUCAUGUCAAGAAGCUCUUUCCCAGCAUGCUGGCCAGCAGAACUACUCACCUGCAUGUCACAAGCACAGCAGAUCCAGUGGGCUCACUGUCUUCUAUAUGUACAUCCUUUGUAAAAGAAUGAAACAUUUCUACCUGAACUGUACUAGUUUGAAGCAUUCCCACUGUUUAAAUUAUUAAUCACUACGAUUCUGAUGAGAUAUCACAGUAAUACAAGCAAGCAACUGUGAAGAGGAAAAAGAGUAUCAUCAGUCUGUGGCUGGAUUCCAGAGAUACUUUUUUCAUCAUGAGCUUCAGAUACUUUUAUUUUUUUCCUCAUGGACAGUUGGCAGUAAUUCAGAAACAUUUUGUUGCUGUUUCAGACAUUUUUGGAAAGACUUGGAAGAAAACUCAUGGUGGUUUGGUAUCCAAAGCCCAUUGUUUUUUGGGUUUUUUUUAGGUUUUUUUUCAUCACAGAUGUUAGUUUGAGAUCAAAGAAAGUGGUAAAAAGAAAAUCAGCUAUCUUCUAGCCUGUGUUGUUCUAAAAAUUUCCUUAUGCUCUCCAGGUUACAUUUCCAAUCUUCCCCUCAAUAUUCUGCCUCUGAUAGCACAUAUGAAACAUUGUGGCUCGUACUAUUGUGGAUAGAUUUAGUGUGUUCAUCAUAGAACAAGCUCCAAUUCCCAUUUAAUUUUCUUGCUGACAGCAAGCAGUAGCUAUUUACCACUGAUGUCCAUUUUUCAGAGCAUGAGGAGAGCAGAGAGUAGAUCUUUCUAGCUACCAAAUGAGGUAUAGCCUGUGCCAUCACAUUUCUAUGCCAGAGAAACUUUAUUUCCGGAGUCAUUUUGGCAAGUGACUGUUGUGCUAGAUCUUUUAGCUCAGUUUCUUCACAAUUUUGCUGCUUUUUCAAAUGCCUUCAGAAUGAAGAGAUACCAACAGAUGAUGCUGAUGAAAAAACUAAUUCCCGUUGCCAAUAUUGAAGACUCUGUUCCUGCUGGUAACUUUCUGGGCUUAUUUUGUUUAAAAAACAACAAAUGAAAAUAUUUAGCAACAUGUCAAGGCUUCAAACUCUUGAACUGUAUUUGCUACCACUGCAAAGUCUCUGAAACACUCCUUGAGUGUGUGUUGUUUCUUUUACCAAAGCCAAAUCUCUUGAGCACUUUUUCUCCCAUGACCAGAUUUAAUUCCUAUAUUUCUUUGACUAUUGAUUUGACAAUUAAUUAUAAUAAUAUUUUUUUCUCUGAUGGUGGGGAGUCUCACUCAAUCAUUCUUUGUCAUUGUAUUUAUUUUAAUUUUUCAUUAUGAUAUGAAUCAAAAUAAAUUUUUUAUUGUAAUCAGGUCAAA